GCUGCGUCCUCUGUGCCCGGAGGCGGCGGGGAGGCUGCGCGGGGGCCGCGGGCGGGGGGCUCCGUCGGUCGCGCCAGGGACGGAUCUUCGCUUGGCGCUGUGGGCCUUUCUUCGAGCCACGGACGCCCCUGCAGCCCGUCCCUCCAGGCCCUCCCCAGCCCGGGGCUGGAACCCUGUUUAUCCGCUCCCAGGCCUAGGGGCCGCGGGUAGGAGGCGUGGGAAAUUGGGGCGUAGAGGGGCGGAAUGCAGCCGCGGCCCUGCGGCAGAUCUUGCGAGAUUCCUGGACACAGAAAAGGGCCAGAACCAGCCCUUGGCGAGACCGCGGCGCCGGUCCCGGGGUCCUGACAGCACCGCGUCCUGGCAGGUGGGGCGGCCCGCCGGCCCCCCGCGGAGACGCCGACUUCCCCCGGCCGUGGCUGCCCCCGCGGGCCUGUGGCGAUGGAGAGGCGCCUCCAGGACACCUUCCCGCACCCCUGGGAGCAGUGCCCAGGGAUCUGAGGAGCCCUUUAUUCUGCGGUUUCAGUUACGUAAAUGGAGCCAAGGGAGCAACAUGGCUGACAAGGCCAAGCCCGCCAAAGCUGCCAACAGGACGCCCCCCAAGUCCCCGGGGGACCCCUCAAAGGACAGGGCAGCCAAGAGGCUGUCGCUGGAAUCGGAGGGUGCCGGUGAGGGGGCGGCUGCGGCCCCCGAGCUCAGCGCCCUGGAGGAGGCCUUCCGGCGCUUCGCCGUGCACGGGGACACCAGGGCCACCGGGAGGGAGAUGCACGGGAAGAACUGGUCGAAGCUGUGCAAGGACUGCCAGGUGAUCGACGGCAGGAACGUGACGGUCACCGACGUGGACAUCGUCUUCAGCAAGAUCAAAGGGAAGUCUUGCCGGACCAUCACCUUUGAGCAGUUCCAGGAGGCGCUGGAGGAGCUCGCCAAGAAGCGAUUCAAAGACAAGAGCAGCGAGGAGGCGGUUCGCGAGGUGCACAGGCUCAUCGAGGGCAAGGCGCCCAUCAUCUCCGGGGUGACGAAAGCCAUCUCGUCGCCCACCGUGUCGAGGCUCACAGACACCACCAAGUUCACGGGCUCCCACAAGGAGCGCUUUGACCCCUCUGGCAAGGGCAAGGGCAAGGCCGGCCGCGUGGACCUGGUGGACGAGUCGGGCUACGUGUCCGGCUACAAGCACGCGGGCACCUACGACCAGAAGGUGCAAGGGGGCAAGUAGCCCCCCUGUGCCCGAGGCACUGCGCGUGUCCCCGGAGCAGGGACUCUGUCACCUCACACUUCAUUACAUUCCUGUGCUCACUCGGGCAGAACUCAUACCAGUGCCCCAGCGGGGGCUGUGGGGAGGCCAGGCCCAGGCCUCCCUCCUGCCCCUCCUCCUGCCAGAUGCCCCCAGCACUUCCCUCUCAAACCAGGUUUGGGCCCCAGUUCACUGACUCCCCUAAUACACCGUCUCGUCCUCAGCAGGGAAGAGGACAGCUGUUUCCAACAUGUCUCCCGGAUCACGCCACGUUGGGCACGUGUUUUGCAGGUCAAAGGGGUGUUUUAAAGGAGCGGGCUGUCGUGGCAACAGGAGGCCAUGCUGACCUCCUGACCAGCAGACCCCUUCCAGGAGCUCUGAGGGCGGCAGGCGCUAACACCAACCAGCAGGCAGCUAACACGAGUCGGCCCCACCCCAGACGUGGGAGGUGUCUGUGGGGCCAAGGCCUGUCCUGCGUGCAGUGGACACCACAGGGCCUGCCUGCUUUCCUGGGCAGAGGGGAGACUCGGCCCACCAGGCAGGUGAACUGGGUGCCUAGUGCAGGUGUGGGGAGGCUGGCCACACGGACACACGUGUGCACACGUGCCUACGGGCCAGCUCUGUGCCCAGGGCACAGCCUUGGUGAAAAGAAGGCUGUGGGGAACAGAGGGUGGCUUCCCGGCUGACCACAAUGCCCUGGAGUGUUAGGCUGGAGUUGGCUCCCUCUGCUUUCCGGAGAAAAGCUGCCUGUCAUUCUCAAGUGGGUCUGGGAAGAUUCGGAGUGUCUGAUCCCCGUGGUGUCACCAGGCAGGAGGCACUCCUCACCUAACACGUGGCAGGGCCUCUACCUGGCCUUGCCCUCACUAGCUGCACCCUGCUUGCUCACAGACCUCCUACCCACAGCCCAAGCACCUCCUUCAACUCUCCCUAAAUGGCCCCGCCUGACCUCUCCCAGCCUCUCCCCUCAGAGAGCAGGACACCAGGGAGGACCCCAGGCCUGCAGCAUCUGUGGGGGCUUCUCUGCUAGUGGGUGGCCCAGCAGAGCCUGUCCAGGACCCUCUGCACUGCCAGGACACCCAGGCUGCCCACCCUUGCCCAUCUGCACCUGGGGAGAACCCGGUGCUCCUGCCCGCUCCUGGGACAGCUGACGGGCGUGGCCACUGUCACAACAGCCCCACUGCCACUGUCCCUUGGCACGCACACAGCCACAGCCUCUCGUGUGACCUGCUGGGCCGUGGGUCUGGAGCCCACCUGGGGAGGAGCCUGCAGCAGUCUCGGGGAAAUGCUUCUGAGCCUGUUUGUCGGUGGCCACGGUCAGGCUCUGGCCAGGGCCAGGCUCACAGUACAGGACAGCGAGGUCUCUCCACCGCCAUGGCACGUGUGAGCACCACCCUCCUCCCCACUCCCAAGAGUGCACCUGCUGCAGCCACCACGCCAUGGCAGACUCCCCCCACCUGGGCACAGCAGGAGCCCCAGAGCCUGAGCUCCCAGCCAGCAUGGUCCGCCCAGACCUGGGGAGUCUCCGAGGCCCCUUGGCAGGGAAGCCUCAACCUGAGGACGGGGUCUUGGCAGGCAGCUUCCAUGACAGGUCCUGGAAGUUCAUGGUGCCUGGCAAUAAAGACGGAGGAAUAAUGGACUCAGGCUUCGUGACUGCUUUAGGACGUCGACAUCACCUCGCCAGCUUGGGGAGGGCGGGGGACGAACAAGCCCAGCCCUGUGCCCUCGCUGAACCUGGCUGGACCACGUGUGAAAGGCAGAACUAACAUGCGGGAAGCAUUUGAAAAAAACUCUGAAUGUGCAAAGUGUGGAAUCACGCAAUCACACACCACCACCACCACAACCCCAAAAGCCCUUGAAGAGACCGAGGACAACGGUCACUGAACAGGGCGGCUCCCCAGGUCCCGAAGCCUGAGACCUGAGGACCCUGCACCCUACCCCUCGUGCUCCUGCCUGCCUCAGCCUCCCUGGUGCCAGCGCAGCUCCACCCUGGGCUGGGUCUCCUAGUCCGUGGGCAGCCCGGUCCCCACAGUCACAGCCAAGUCACGCAGAAUGAAUGUGACUCGAGGACCCCAGCGCUGGAGCUGAGGGCGCUGGGUCAGGACGGAGGGACAGGUGGGUUGGGGUCUGUUUGUCCCCACACCGUGUGGCAGGCAGAGGCUUGCCCAGGCCCUGCUGCAGUCUGUGGGGACGAGGGACACAGGACAGGUGCUGGGCGCAGGACGCUGCCUCCUAGUCCCUGGGGCCUUGAGAAAAGAGCCAAGCUGCGUCAGGAGCGACCAGAAGCUGGACCUGAGCACGAGAAGCGCCUCCGCCCAGCCCAGCCACCACCAACCUCGCAGGGAGCAGGCCCUGUCACUGCCGGCCACCUCGCCCACGCCAGGCUACCUUGUCCAUGCCAGGCCACCUCGUCGACGCACCAGCACCGACUCACCACAGCCCUCCCCAGACCUGGCCAGAGUGGCUGGAGCCGCGGGGCCCAUGGCGUCCAUCUUGGCCCUGGAGGUGAGCUCCUUCACAGAAGUGGCCCCUUCACUCCAAGGGAUGUCACGGCGUGUGUCCCAAACCUUUGGACACGCCUGUGGGUUCCGUGAAUGAAAUCGAGGCUGCUGUGGCACCCUGUCCGUCCUACCUGGAGCAUCCUGGGCUCUUGGAGGGAGAGGCCCCAUGCCCCCGCUCUCCCUCCACACUCCCAGAGUCAGAGGGGCGGCCUCCCUGGCGUCCUGCCCUCCCCUGCGGCCCCCAGGCUGUCCUCAGACAUGCGGGAGCCAGGAGAGUGCCCUUCCCCACUCAGCUCCAAAGCAAACCUUUGAAAAUACCUACCCUGCUCCUGUCUCUGUCACCUAACCAGGAGGGGUAGCAAAAAUGAAGUCAUGAGGACACAGCAGGCACCACUGUCAGCUAAAACCUGUCUGCGGAAUCUGUGAUUCUGUCCGUCCGCUGCACAGGAGACCCGUGCAUCUUCCUCAGUCCGUUUCUGAAUAUUGUGAAUUCCAGGCAGAUGUUUUUUCUCUUCUGCAUGUUUUUUUGCACUGCCAAUUAGCUUCUACUAACCAUGUUUCAACAGAAAAUAAAUGUGUAUUUGUGAUCAAAGAAACUGCACAGCCUGCAAACCAGGAGAGAGGGACAGGUUCUGCCGGGGGUGACACCAGGAGAGAGGGACAGGUUCUGUGGGGGUGACACCAGGACACAGGGACAGGUGCUGUCGGGGGUGCCACCAGGAGAGAGGGACAGGCUGUCGGGGGUGCCACCAGGAGAGAGGGACAGGCUCUGUUGGGGGUGACACCAGGAGACAGGGACAGGCUCUGUCGGGGGUGACACCAGGACACAGGGACAGGUUCUGUCGGGGGUGCACCAGGAGACAGGGACAGGCUCUGUCGGGGGUGACACCAGGAGAGAGGGACAGGCUCUGUUGGGGGUGACACCAGGACACAGGGACAGGUUCUGUCGGGGGUGACACCAGGAGAGAGGGACAGGCUCUGUCGGGGGUGACACCAGGAGAGAGGGACAGGUUCUGUGGGGGUGACACCAGGAGAGAGGGACAGGUUCUGUGGGGGUGACACCAGGACACAGGAACCGGUUCUAUUGGGGGAGGUGACACCAGGAGAGAGGAACAGGUUCUGUCGGGGGUGACAUCGGGAGAGAGGGACAGGUUGUCGGGGGGGUGACACCAGGAGAGAGGGACAGGUUCUGUCAGGGGUGACACCAGGAGAGGGACAGGCUCUGUCGGGGGUGACACCAGGAGGGAGGGACAGGUUCUGUCGGGGGUGACACCAGGAGAGAGGGACAGGUUGUCGGGAGGAUAGCACUGAUCGUGUCUGAGAAUCAGGAAGGGAGAAAGGCAGAGAGAUUGUGUGAAGACUGGUCUCACCAGAGUACUUAUUUAUUUUUAUUUACUGCCAUAGGAUAAGCAACUAGGUAGUGUUCUUGACAGUUAGCUUUACCAAAAUUAAAGUUCAAAUUAUAUGUUUAACAUAUUGUAGCAGAAGAUAUAUAUUUAUACUGGACUAUUUUUACACCUUCUAAUAUCCUGUCUUAAGUUUGGGCGCAGAUGCUGGGGUUGGGCGGGCAUCAUGCCCUGUGGCCUCCCCACCUGCCCAUCGGUGCCACUGUCCUGGGCCCCAGUGGUGCCAGCUCAGGGCCGGCCACAAGCGCCCUGCGUGGGUGUCACCCCCACCCCGCCCCGCCUCAGGCUCUGUGGCCCCCUCUUCUGCGAAUGGUGUUUCACGGGCAGGGGGCCCGUCCUGUGUGUUCACACACUGCCUGUGGCUCUGCGGCUGGAGCGGGGAGGUGGUGAGAUGGAGACGCGUCUCUGUCCCUCCACGGGGACGGCGGGUGUGCUGGUCCAGCCCGUCUCCUCCUGCAGGCAACCAUGCGUGCACUGGCCGCUCUCCCACCCUGCAGCCCACAGACGAGGGGACGGCACAGGUGACCGUGAGGCUGGGCUGCGAUACGCCAACAGGCUAGAAUAUCUUUCAAACGAGCCUGCGCCUUUCCUGCUCUUACUACUGAACGCUGUGCGGCCUCUGGUGGUUCCGGGUGUGGCGUCUGUCCGUGAGUCAAGGGCACGUGGAGAUGCUUUACUUAACUCUUUCUUUCGACCUCUUAAAAAACUAAACCAAGCCAAACCACAAAGGAAACCUGCACAACUCAAGAGAAACUUGAAAGGGAUGGUGUAACUACUAGUUUGUACUAAGUUUUUUUCAAGAAAGGGAAACAAAUUUAUAUAUAUAUAUAUAUGCAAUAUAUUUUUACACUGUCUGAUUAACGCUGGGGAGUACUGAGCGAAUCACUUUAUCAGCGUGGCGGGUGAUGUCCACGUCCUGGGAUCUGUGGAAGGCACUUCUGCCGCCGUCUGACCCGCACUCACGGGACGUCUGUGGGGUCCGUGGCCCUGCUGUCCCUCCUGCAGUGCGAGGUGUGGUGUCGCCUGCUGGACUUGCCGUCGAGCCUGGCUUGCAAACCCGUAGUGAAACAGCUCGUGUCUGUGUGCACACGGCCCCUGUGUGUCUGCUGUCGUUAACAUUGUGUGUCACAUUGGUCAAGUGACGAAUAAAUGUGUUAAAACACGGA